AUGUAUUCAAACUACUUCUUUUUCAUUCCGAUAAUUUUCUGGUUGGCCGCCAUUGUCCUAACAAUUCUUUACUUCGACUUAACACGCAUUUAUCAAUGGCAGUAUUUGACAUUCAUCGUCAUAACCUCCUUCAUCACAGGCUUUGAUCUCGUUGCACUGUUCACCUUUCCAUUUUACUAUUUUCCAAAAUCCAUUUUAAAUUAUUGCAGACGAAAAAAACAUAUUAAGCCCUACAAUCCUAGUUCCUUCGAUUAAUCCACUUCCCAAUGUGCUAUUUGCCUCAAUGAGUAUCAAAAGGGUGAAAUUGUAUACAUCCUCCCUUGCAAUUCUAAACACUACUUCCAUCAAUAGUGCAUCCAAAAUUGGAUUCAAUACUAAUCAAUUUGCCCUUUCUGUAGAGCAGAAUUUAUCUAUUUAGAAUGA